GUAACGUGAGCUGUCUUGUUGUCUUACGAUUGAACAUGGUUGAUAAAAACGAUAUAAAUAUUUUGAAGUUUCUUCCCCUGAAAUCGUUUAUUCAUUGUAAUUUUUGGUACAAAUUAACAGAUACAAAAUUGAAUGUAGACAAAUUGAGCGAUUCUCCCAAGAAUAUCUCUGGAUUUAUAAAAAAAGCUCAUACUUCUCGAACAUUGCUUGAAGUAGACUGUACAGCAUUCAAUGAAGAAACGAGCUCUGCAUCUUUUCAUCAUCGCUGUGAAGGUCUUCUGUUGAACAAAAAUACGAUUGAAGAAUUUAAAUCAGUUGACAAAACUAAUGUUCUUAAAAGUAUAUGCACUAAGUAUUAUCAAAAUCUUCUGUCGCAGAAUAAAUUGUAUAGCUGUUCUCAAUUGAUAAUGUUUGUAAUUUUCUCAUUCGCGGAUUGCAAAACUCAUAAAUAUUAUUAUUGGUUCGCAUUUCCAGUACUACGUGAUGUUGUCUAUAAAUGCCCUGAACAAAGAUCAUCACUGUCGUCCUUAUUCACUGAACAAAUAAUAAUUAAUUUUGAAACAGAGUUGAAAAAAACUAGAGAUUUAUUUUUUUUGUAUGAUGUGAACUCUAAUGUUAUAUUUAAGAUAACUGAUGUAAUAGCACAUAACGAUAAAAGAAAGAAUUUGUGCUACAUGGAUUUAAAAUCGGCUUACUUCUGUUGUAUCGAGUAUUCCACCGAUGAGAAUCCUAGUUGGUUAUUGCGCCAGUUUUUGGGAUAUAUAUUUAUUACGUGUCCAAUUUUAAAGAAAGAAGUUAUCAACAUAAUCCGUGUUAAAGAAGAUGUUAUGGAUAGCAUUGUCCAUCGAAUACAAAUGUCUGAUUAUGAGUUCGAUGUAGAACAAGCGACUUGGAUUGGAUGGGAAGCUAACGAAAGUGGAAAAUUCGUCACUCGUAUAGCAGACAUGUCCAAGAUAAUGGAUCCGUUUAUAUUAGCUGAAAAAUCCAUCAACCUGAACUUGACUUUAAUGAAAUGGAGACUUCUUCCAGACUUGGAUAUAAGCAUUAUUAAGAAAACUAAAUUUCUACUUCUCGGUGCUGGUACGCUUGGUUGUGGCGUAGCACGGUCACUUUUGGCAUGGGGUGCGCAUCAAAUAACAUUCGUGGACUGUGGAAAAGUUUCACUGUCUAAUCCAGUUCGACAAAAUUUGUUUAUGUACGACGAUGCGCUUAACGGAGGUAAACCUAAAGCAUCCACUGCCGCGGAACGGCUGAAACAAAUUCAUCCGUUUGUGACAUCAACAGGUUAUUGUCUUCAAAUUCCAAUGCCGGCUCACUCUGUAGGAGAACUGCGAAAAAGCGAUAUAAAUGAGACUCUGAAUACAUUGAAAAAUCUAAUAAACUGUCACGAUGUAGUAUUUCUUCUCACAGAUUCUCGCGAAAGUCGAUGGCUUCCAACUAUGCUGGCAGCCUUCUACGGAAAGAUGACUAUCAAUACCGCUCUUGGAUUUGACAGUUUCUUAGUAAUGAGGCAUGGAACCAAUAUAUCUACUUCCAAGUCUUCAUGUACGUCUUCUCGGGUAAUUGAGGGCUUAAAAGAAAUUGAAGGCUCUAAUUUAGGUUGUUAUUUCUGCAAUGAUAUUGUAGCGCCAGGAAAUUCUCUCAAAGAUCGAACUUUGGAUCAACAAUGCACUGUUACACGGCCAGCCGUCGCGAACAUUGCUUCAAGUUUAGCUGUGGAAUUAACAAUAGCAUUACUGCAGCACAAAUUUCGAGAUGCUGCUUCCGCUUUCUAUCAAUUAUCAAAUGAUACUAUUAAUCGAGAAGAUAUUCCAGAAGAUAUAUUGGGAAUUGUGCCGCAUUCGAUUCGAGGCAAUAUAUGCAGCUUUGAUUAUCUAAUCACAGCAACUGAACGUUUCUCGGAGUGUAUAGCCUGCUCAAAGCGUAUUUUGGAAAAAUUCAAACAAGAAGGAAAUGACUUUGUAAUUGAUGUGCUGAACUCUUCUACAAUUUUGGAAGAAGUUUCUGGAGUUACAAAGCUUACAUGUCAGGCCAAUGAGGACAUUGAAUUUGAAAGUGAUGAAGACUCAAUCAGUCUUGAAUGAAUCAAUAUGUUCGUAACCAGUUAUUUCCAUUAUCAGAUAAGUGACGAAAACUACAAAAAGCACCUUUAUGAGUUGCGCGAAACGAUGAUGUCGGACAUUUGCAACCAUUUCAAAAUGAAUGCGUUUUAAAGAAUCCGAAACUAUUCGAUCGAUCGAUCGAUCGAUCGAUUUUGAAUUUUCCCUUGAGGUUCUUUACUAUAUGAGCAGUGCGCUUAGUAUUGAUUUGUUAGUAUAUUUGAUUUUUUUGGUUUUGUGAAAUAAAAAUUCGAUGUUAAUUCGAUGCUAAUUUGUUAA